ACUAAACUUCUUAAACAUGGAUGAUCAGGAGUCAGGAAAGCCACAUACAUUAUCGUUUACCGAAAUCAAACAAGCGGCUGAAAGAAUUGAAGAUGGAAUAAUUCACACUCCUCUUUGUGAAGCAAAAAUAAGCAAAUUCAUGGACUACAAGAUCUAUUUAAAAUGCGAUAAUUUACAAUAUACUGGCAGUUGUGCGGAGCGCGGGAUCAGGAAUGCUUUCGUCGCUCAGCAUGAUGAAAUGGCUGAAAGAGGAGUGAUAGUGCCUUCUAAUGGAAAUAUGGCACUAGGUGCUGCUUAUCACGGUUGUGCUCUGGGCAUACCGGUGACGGUGGUACUUCCGGACCGCAGUCCGCCGUCUCAGAUGCAGCGAUGCGCAGAACUGGGUGCCGAUGUGGUAAUCUAUGGGGACACACUGGAGGAUACUAUCAACUACACUAAGAAAGUCAACCGAGAUGGAAAGCAUAUGAUGUUGAGUUCGGACAACCCACUCGUUAUGGCGGGUUUCGGCACCCUGGGCAUUGAGAUAAUAACUCAGCUACCGGAGGCAGACGCAGUGAUCGUGCCAGUCGCUUCGGGAGGCUUGCUGGCCGCCACUCUCGUCGCAUGCAAGAAACUCAAGUGCACUUGUCUUGUUUAUGGAGCUGAAAGUGCCAAGGUGCCAACAAUGAUGAAGGCAUUACAAGCAGGACACCCAGUGUCGGUGCCCGUAGUGCCCAACUUAGCGCAGGGUCUCAGCGCCUCUAUCGUUGGAGAAAACGCUUUUGCUACUAUCAAAGGAAGAUUGGAUAGAAUGCUGGUGGUGGAUGAGGCUUACAUCGCCAAGGCUGUUAUAAAUGUCCUGGAACGCGAACGCCUGGUCGCGGAUGGCGCUGGUGUUUGCGCCUUAGCUGCGGUGAUGCAGGGUCUUGUACCAGAACUGAGAGGGAAGCGUGCGGUUUGCAUAAUUAGUGGCGGAAACAUCGAUUCUAGCAGACUAUCUCGUACUAUCCAAAGAGGGCUCGGCGUGAGUGGGCGACUAAUGCGCUUCGCGGUCGCAGUUCCUGAUCAUAGCAAGGGGCUGGAGGUGCUCGCUAAACUCAUUGCUGACGAGAAAGCAGUCUUGAAGAGCUUGAUUACCGAACAAAUGUGGGUGCACACAGAUGUUGGGACUACUUGGGCCAACAUAGUAGUUGAGACAGGUAAUGAAGAACAUGCAGCUAACUUUAAAGAUCAUCUACGGGAUCUAUAUCCCACAGCUAGAUUUGCAAUGCUGGAUGUAGAUGAUAAACGCAAAGGUGGCAUGCGGUAAAUCAUAAUAUUAUAUCAACCUUGAUUAUCUUAUUGAAGCAAAGUUAAUAAAGAACUCUACAACCA